UAUCCGGGGAAGUAAACUUCUUACGUUAAACACGUACUGAGUAACCAGAGUCUUUGUUUGAAACGUGUCAGUCAACAAAGAGAACAUUCCGAAAUUUAAACAAAAAUUCACAACUCAACUGAUCAUAAAAUAUCUUGCACCUACACAAAACUAAUAGAAUUUCCCUGUUUUAUCUCUAAAUUUUCUCCAUAAAUUGCGCCAUUUGGUCACAGGUUCUAAGUUCCAGCCUCUGCCUCCACAGAUUUCGCUUUCUACAAGUGGAGACACCACUAUCUCCAAUGCGUUUGACACAAAAAUUCUAAUUCUAUUUCUCAUGUUUAAGUCACAUAUCUCUUCAUUAACUUUGCUUCGUAUUCAAUAUUACACGCACAGGGGUUGAUUGAAUUGAUGGGUACCAAAAAUUUUUUCACGCUCGCUACCCAUCUAGAUUUUGUUCAUACAUGUUUUAUCAAGGAGUUUUUGCGCGGAGAUAUGUUUAGCUCUGUUAAUUCCUUGAGAGUUUUUAUCUCCAAAUUCUUGCUUUUUGUUUUCGGAUCAGUAGUUGCAUAUAUUUUCAGCUUCAGGCAGUCCGAUGGUAGUCAUCAAAUUGAUUCAUGUUUUCGUAAGGAUUCCAAGUUUGAUGAAUUUGUGGGAGAAGAGAACUGUGUUCAGGUUAGUAAGGAAGGUCGUGUUACUGAAUCCAUCCAAGUAAAAGACAAGGAAACUAAUAAGUAUGAGUUGUUGUCUGGGACACAUAUCAGUGCAAUCAUGGAAGAACCAAAAAAUAUGGUUUUUUCUGUGCAAGAAUUUUAUAUGGGUGGCCCAACUGAUACUGAAGAAGCUUUUCAUCAGGACAAAGCAGCGGAAUCUGUUGAAAAUGUUUUUAUCAAACAAGAGGAAACAUCAUUCCCUGAUGAUGAAGAGAGGGUUUUUACAGAAUAUAAGUUUAUGUACAACUGUGAUACAUCAAUCGAAGUUGCUUAUAUUUUGGAAGAUAGGCCAUUGCCAGAGGAUUCAGAGUUAGAUACGACUGACCCGAGUGGUCUUUGUGAUGCACCUGAAAUUCUCGAGGAGAAGGAAGAUAAUACUGAAACCAUGAUGGAUCAAGCAACAUUUGUUAUGGAAAACCAAACAUUUUAUUCUGACGAUGAUUACAUAGAAUUGAAACUUGAAUGUCAAAAUUCAAGUAACUUGGAUGAGGAUAUGUAUUCUAUUCAGGAUUUGAUGGAACCCGGCUAUGAAAUUGAGGAGGAAGAUUUAGAUCAUAAAGAGACAAAACCGGUUGGCUAUACUACUAGAAUUUGUGAAGAACCCCAGGUGCAUAAUUUAAGUAAUGAAGAGUUUUUGUCUGGAGGAGACUUGAAUGAAGCUGGGGACAAUCAGGAGGAGGAAGAUAGUUCAGUAGAAUUCGAAGAAUCAAGCUUCGAGGAAAAAGGAUUCAUUUCAGAUUAUGAUGACGAUGAAGAUGAAGAUGAUUUGGAGUUCUCAAAAGAACAUGAGGAUUUUAUAGAGCAGUUGAGAAUGGACCUGAGAAAUGCCAGAACUGGAGGGCUUCCAACCAUUAUGGAAGAGUCAGAGUCUCCACAGAUGGUUGAGGAACUAAAACCAUUAAACAUUGAUAAAAAGUUAGAGCACAAAGAUCGAAUGGUAGAAAUUCACAAGUUCUAUAGGAGCUACUUAAACAAAAUGCAAAAAUUGGAUGUCUUGAAUUCCCAGACCAAGCAUGCAAUUGGUUUACUUCAACUGAAAAAGCCAUGUCAAUUGAUUAGAACACAGAAGUCUGCAGUUCCAGCAAUUAAAUCUUUUUUCUCACACAACUUAUGGCGUUACAAACUGCUGAGGUGUGAAUCCAACUCAACACUGAAUUUCAUUGGAGAACUGCACAGGAAUUUUGAGUUGGUGUAUGUUGGACAACUCUGUCUUUCCUGGGAAAUUCUCAAUUGGCAAUACAGGAAAGUCUUUGAAUUGCUGGAAUACGAUGGUCAACAACUUCGUCAAUAUAAUCAAGUUGCUGAUGAAUUCCAAAUUUUUCAAGUACUUCUCCAAAGAUUUGUAGAGAACGAACCAUUCCAAGGCCACCCUAGGGUUCAAAACUAUGUUGACAGCCGGCGCGCUCAUUGUAAUCUUCUUCAAGUUCCUGUCAUUAAAGAUGAUAAUUUGAAGGAUAAGAAGGGAAGAAGAAGUGAUGAAGAAGGUACAAUUACAAGUGCUAUGUUAACAGAAACAAUAAAAGAAUCAAUGCGGGUGUUCUGGGAAUUUCUUCGCGCUGAUAAAGAUGAUUCUAAUCUGGUGUUAAAGGGUCCUGAGCUCCAAGACCCCAUAGAUUUAGAGCUUCUAAUACAUAUCCGAACAGAUUUUCAAAAGAAGGAGAAAAGGAUGAAAGAAUUAUUGAGAAGUGGUGGCUGUAUAGUGAAGAGAAUCCAAAAGCGCCCUGAAGGAAGAUUAAAUUAUGCGAUGUUCUUCGCCCAGGUAGAAUUAAAACUAGUUUCAAGAGUGCUAAAUAUGUCAAGAUUAACAACAGAUCAAUUGGUAUGGUGCCAUGAGAAGCUAGCCAAAAUUAACUUUUCGAAAAGAAAAGUAGUCUUAGAAUCGUCAUUUUUGCUCUUCCCUUGUUGACAGAUAUUGCCUCAUCUUCAUUUUUGCUCCUUGAAGAGAUUUAUACAAAUAGACCAAAAAAAAAAAAAAAAAUGUAGAAUUUAGAGUACAACGUAGAACAAUUACUCAUUCAAUCAGGGAUAAUUUAUAAAUUCCCUGAUAUAUGCCCGUUAUCUUAUUAUUUUUCCUUUUUAAUAUGAUUUGCCACGGCGAAAAUGUCACUACACACAUACUUUACAUG